AUGCCGUCCGCAGACGUUGCAGAGCUUCAAAAGAAGCUUUUCAAGCGCAUGGGCUUGGAUGUGCCAGAAGACAAACAAAAGACACCAAGGCGCCCGUUCAAACCAACCAAGGGCAAUUUCAGUCAGGUAUCGCGGAGGAAAGCCGAAAGAGCGCAGAAAAGGACACAGCAUCACCCGAGGCAGGCUAUACCUGCUAAAAUCCAAGCCAAUCGGAUCAAUUCUACUCGCCCAAAUAGAAACUCACAACGCCCCAAAGCUCCUCCAGCAAAAUCUUUACCUAUUGACGACACCCAGAGUGACAGCGAUGGCUUUGAAGUUCCGACUGACGAAGAAGAAGAUGGCUUGUCACGAGAAUUCGACGACGGCGAAAGCGAGGGCUCUGAAGAAGACGGAGACGACUUUGGCUUAGAAGACGAGAGCGAGGGUGAGAGUGAUGCUGAGAGCGAUGCGGAUAGCGGUGCCGAGAGCGAUGAGGUAGAGGCAUCAUCGAAGUACGACGGAGUCUCUUCAAGGGUUCGCGAACAAUUGGCCCAAGAUGAUAAGGAAAUUGAGGCACUCGAAAAGAAACUACGCAUCAAGAAAGGAUCGUCAUCGCUGCCGAAAUCUUUUAAAGAUGAUGGACUCGAUGAAAUCUUAGGCGACGUUGGGGGGCAGCCUGAGACGAUAGAAGCCGAUGACAGUCUCAAAAGAAAGAGGCAGUAUGACGACUGGUUGGCUUCAAAGAGGAGGAAAGCAGAGGGUGGUUCAGCUGCCCAGGGUGAUUCUGAUGUGUCAGAUGGCUCAGAAGACGAAGACCGGUUCGAUUUUUCAGACGAUGGAGGCGACGACCAUAGCCAAGAAGAAGGAUCAUCGAAUCGUACACAGACCAAAGUGAAGGAGAAUCCAUAUGUGGCUCCGACCACGGGGGCAGUAGUCGCCAAAUAUGUGCCUCCGUCUUUGCGAAAAGCUGCCAACUCAGAUUCAGAAGUUAAGAUGCGGGUGCAGAAGCAGAUCCAGGGUUUGGUGAACCGUCUGACGGAAGCAAAUAUCUUGCAAAUUGUCAAAUCUGUCGAGGAACUUUACCAGAACAACGCUCGUGGCGACAUAACUGAGAUUCUUACAGAUACGCUUUUGGCGCAAAUGUACAAGUCUUCAAGUGUCCCCGACCAGUUCCUGGUUCUCACAGGUGGCUUUUCCGCCGCAGUUUACAAAGUGAUUGGAUCUAGCUUUGGAUCCCAUCUUAUACAACAAGUGGUAGUAAGCUUCCAAGGCUCAUACAAGAGCGUCAUGCAAGGAGGAAUUGAUUUAGCAGAAAUUCCCAAAGAAUCGUCAAACAUUCUGGGAUAUCUCACACAGUUAUACUUGUUCGAAGUUGUGAGCUGCAAGAUCAUCUUUGAUUAUAUGGAGAGGCUUCUCUCAGAGUUGAACGAGCUAAACGUUGAGCUCCUUUUACGUAUCUGCCGCAUGGCGGGCCGCCUCCUUCGACGUGAUGAUCCAAAUGCGCUCAAGCACGUUACAUCCAUUUUGAACAAGGCGGUUGGCGACAUCGGGCCCGCCAACCUGUCUGUACGCACAAAGUUUAUGGUUGAGACGAUUAACGAUCUUGGCAAGAGCAAGCCAAAGGCUCGAGGAUUGGAUUCUGGCAUUGUAUCAGAUCACGUCCUCCGCAUUCGAAAGAAGCUUGGUGAGCUCAAGUCGCAGUCUCGGAGACUCGAUGGUCUCGCGCCCAUGGGCUUGAGUCUGCAAGACAUAGAAAAGGCAGACACACGAGGCAAAUGGUGGCUGGUGGGAGCCAGUGUGCCAGCAAAAGAAACAUAUCAGGACUUGGAAGAACAGUCAAAGUCUGCAACACAAAAGAAUGAUAGAGAUCUGACAGAUGACGAGGAUAUGGACAUUGUGCUGCCCGAUUACUCGAAGAAAGCUCGCGGCCAAGGCUUCCACACCUCGGCACAGAUAGCCAUAUUCACUGCCCUCAUGUCCGCGACAGACUAUGAGCAUGGAUAUCGGCAAUAUGCCAACCUCAAGCUGAGAAAAGACGAUCAGAAUGAAAUUGCACGCGUUCUUGUACAGUGCGUCGGAAGUGAAGCAAACUACAACGAAUACUACGCGCUCGUGGGCAAGCAGGCCUGCAUCAACAACAAGAUUAGGUUUGCUUUUCAAGACAGACUUUGGAGGAUAUUCCGCAGCCUUGGCGAACUCAUGUUUGGUGAAGAAGCAGAAGAAGAAGAGGAGACUGCCGACAGUGAAAAGAUGAAGGACGAGCGUCGCCUUGGCCAUGUGGCUCGCUUCUACGCAACUCUGAUUUCUAACGGAGCCCUGAACAUCAAUAUAUUGAAGCCUCUACACCUUUCUAGGCUGAACUCUUGGACACAAGUGUUUGUUGAGCAGCUCAUAGUCAGCCUCCUGCAGGCCUGUCGAGGUAGCAAUGACGACAAAGAGAGCACCAGGGUGGCCAAGAUAUUUGGUGCGGUGGCAGAUAUGCCAUCACUUGCGGCCGGCCUGGAGUGGUUUCUCCGAAAGAAGCUGCGGAAAAGCAACUUGAUAACGCCACGGGAGGCGAAGAGGCUGGAAAGAGUCAGGGGCAAGGCUGAGGCUACAGUGCAGGCUCAAGCAGCCCGAGAAGUCUAG